CCCAUGGACGCACUCGGUAUAAAGAAAAAUAUUUCAGAGCUUAGUGAAAAUGAAAUAAAUACAUCAGAUCAGUUAACUGUCGUUUGGAAUGCAACAAAAAAUUGUACAAAUACAAAAGCUUCACGAAAAUCAUAUGAUAAAAGCAAUGACGUCGAAGAAAUUGAUGUGAAGAAUAAUGGCACAACUAAAACACAAAAGCAAGAAGACGAUGACGACGAAUUUGAUGAUUCAGGCGAUGGAGGAGGCCAAAACUUUGUUACAAUGCUAAUUUCAACUUUUCUUGGAAGUCUAAGUACUCCUGAAGGUGGAGUUGAUGUGGAUGCUUUGGUUGCUUUAAUUGGAACUCUGAGUGUUAUGAGGGAUGACGGAACAUACGAUUUUACCGGUUUGCAAACCACUCUUAUGAAUUUCCUUGGGAAAUAG